CGAUCACUUGUUCGAUCGAUUGACAAAUAGGUUCAUCGAGCUCGCGCCCGAAUCAAGUUCGAAUUCGUCGCAUCGACACAAGAGCGCUUGAUCCAUCUCGAUCUCGAUCCAAAUCACGAUCCCGAUCCAAAUCACGAUCCCAUCUCCCGCUCCGACAAGCAUGGACUUUGUGGGAUCUUCGGUGGCAGAGGGGAGCCUCGCCGCCGCCCUCGGGAACGCCCUGGUGGUGGCCCUUGCCGACCUCCUGGACGACGGCACGGGGGCCUCGGACCGCAAGGACGCCGUUGUUUCCUUCUCCGGGGAACGCCGGGGGGACUGCCUCGGAGAGGCGGCGGCCUCCUCCCUGCGGACCAUCGUCGAGUGCGCCACCAUGAAGACGGACAACACGACGGCGGCAUCGGUAUCCGCACCGCCCUUCGAAGAUUCUCCUUUGCUGCCCCCUUGCGCGGGCGAAACCGGGGAAAGGGUCCCUCCCGCACCCACCGGUUCCUACCGGUGCCACCGCGGGCGAAAGCAACCCCGGGAGAAAGACAAUCACGGGUCGGCGGAGGAAAAAGAGGAAGCGCCCAGCCCCGGAGCCGGUGUGGGCGUCCGCGUGAGCCUGGGUCUUCCGGGCGGGCACGAGAAGGAGCCGGGCGAAUCCAAGGACGACGGAACCCAGAGCACCGCGAGCACCACUGGAAGCACCAGCACUACCAACAGCAUCUGCAGCACCACAGGACCCCGGGCAAACCAGGGAAGCAGCCGCGGCUUUCUGUGCGGCACCCUUUCCCUCCACGACGACGAAAUGCCUCCCGCCACCGAUUGGUCCCCCCCGUCCGCUUUCUGGUGCGGGGGGGUUCCAGCCGUGCUCACCUACGAAAGCGGGCUCCGAGACGAACGCCAAGACGAAGGCACGGGCAAGGACACGGACCACGAGCGUGCCGUCGAAGCGCCGCCGCCGCUGCGGAUGGGAGACUGCCUGCCCUUCUUCGCGAGCUGCGGCCCGCAGCACCAGUUUGCCUUUGACGACGAGGACGAAAACGACGGCGACGACCACAAACACGAGGAUGCAGCGGCUUCGAGAAGGCCCGGCCUUCCGGCCCCCGGGCGGGCAGUUGUGGAAGACGACGCGGGGACCACCGCUACCGCAGGCAGCGCCACGACGGGGGCCUCCUCCUCCCUCCACUCCUUUCUGGUGGUCGACCAUCCCCACCCGCUCCCGUCCCCUUCCGGUGCCACCGUGGGAGCCCACCGGGGGCGUUCUUUUUCCGCCACAGCCGACGAGACCUUCCACCGGAGGCAGCGGCCCCUGCACAGGUGGAUGGCCCCCGGCAGCGACAGUGAGAGCGACUCGCCUCGGGAGGGCCACCGCCGACGCUCCCAGACCCCCGACCCCCCCUCCGACCGCGCCCUGGUCCACUGGAUCAUGAGGGGCCUCAAGCCGCACCUGCCCUACAGCAAAAAAGAGGAUUCCUUCUUUCUGGGAUACAGCCUGCUCCGGGACGGCGCCUCGCUGGACCGGCUCCUGGACGCGGUGGGAGAAAGCCAAUGCGGUGCCAACUGCUCCUCGGUCCUCGCGGUCGAGACCACGAAAGGGGAGGUCUUUGGGGCCUUUCUCACGGAGCCCUGGAAGCGGUCGGGCAAACGGUGGUUCGGGGGCGGACAGAGCUUUCUGUGGACGACCUGCGAGACGGGGGUGGGGGAAAGGCCGACGAGGGACCGAGGGAAAAACCGCACUCUUGGGCGGAGGAACCGGGUACCACCAACGACGACGACGCCCGGGCAGCAGCAGCAGCAGCACCACCUCGAGGUCUUUCCCUAUUCCUUUGCCAAUCCCUUCGUCCAGCUCUGCGACGGGGACCGCCUCCUGGUGGGGAGCGGGGAGGACGGCUUCGGCCUGGCCCUCGAGGGGGAUCUCACCCGGGGGAGCACCUCGGCCUGCGAAACCUUUGCGAGCCCCCCCCUCUCGAGGGCCCACAGAGACGGGUUGGCCUUUGGGAUCCGGGCCCUUGAGGUGUGGACCCUAGCCGCCGCUCUCCCGUUCCUUUCUCCCCUGCAGCAGGGGGAGGGGGUCACGCGGGUCCGCGGAAGGAGCCCGGGAGUGACACCCGGUCGCAACAAGGCGGCAACGGCGACCGAGCCGCCCUCUCCCUCCGCCCGCCCACCACAAAACCCACCUUGCCACCGCAACACGAACCGCACCCGGCACGGCUCCGCCGAGGCGUGAACCCUCUGGUGAAGCCGUGCCAUGGCUCGUGGGAACGAACCGAUAAAUCACUUUUUUACAC